CCCUCGUUGCUUACCUACCAUUUCGUUUUUGUUUUUCUCUCGCCUCGAACUUUCCCGAGAAAAUUCAAAACGAACGAUUUUCAAUUCCUCCCCCUUCGGCAACUCCACAUUUUCUUUCCUUAUCUAGAUUCUCUGAAUCCAAAAGGAGCGUCAGGACUCAGAGUCUCCCGCAUUUCAAUUCUCAUUCUCUUCUCUCCGAUUUUGUCAUUUACCCCAAUUUCGUGCGCCGCGAAUCAAUCAGUCGAGGCGAAAUCUGUAGAGUAAGCGGAUUGUAAUCCCUCUUCUUUCGUUUGCUUCGGUGGAGACUCCAUUGGUGAGGUAAGCAGCAUCGACUGUGUCAAAUUGAGGCGUUCACUCUUCGAUUGUUGUGGUUGAUCAAGCGACGGAAGAAGGGGGGUAAAAAAACGAGCUGCUAUAAGUAAUCGAGGUUAUUCUCCGAGUGAAGAGGGAAUUGGGGGAGAAGGGAAAAUGACGAUCGGGUUCGAGUCGAUGCCGGGGAGCUCAGGGUACCUGGAUUUGUUCCCGGAGAGGAGAAUGUCUUAUUUCAGUAACCCGUACGUGUUGGGAUUGACUGUGAUUGCCGGAAUCGGCGGUCUGCUCUUCGGCUACGAUACUGGUGUUAUUUCAGGGGCUCUUCUAUAUAUUAAAGAUGAUUUCGAGGUGGUCAAUCAAAGCAGCUUCCUUCAGGAAACAAUAGUUAGCAUGGCGCUGGUUGGUGCUAUGAUAGGAGCUGCAUCAGGGGGUUGGAUCAAUGAUGCAUACGGCCGCAAGAAGGCUACUCUGCUUGCUGAUGUAGUCUUUGCUAGUGGAUCGCUUGUUAUGGCGGCUGCACCCAAUCCGUAUGUCCUGAUUUUGGGCCGGCUUUUAGUCGGCCUAGGUGUUGGUGUAGCAUCUGUGACUGCUCCUGUGUACAUUGCAGAAGCAGCUCCAUCGGAAGUGAGGGGAGGGUUAGUGAGCACUAAUGUGCUAAUGAUAACUGGUGGACAGUUUCUGUCGUAUGUUGUGAAUCUUGCUUUUACAGAGGUUCCAGGAACUUGGAGGUGGAUGCUUGGUGUCGCUGCUGUGCCAGCUAUCAUCCAGUUUUGCCUCAUGCUCUUUAUGCCCGAGUCUCCUAGAUGGCUUUUCAUGCAGAAUGAAGACACCAAAGCCAUUGCUAUACUUGCCAGGAUAUAUGACAUUGAUCGAUUGGAGGACGAGAUUGAACACCUCUCUGCUUCUUCCUUGGAAGACCGAAAAGAAGAAAAUGCAGUCACUUACUUCGACGUCUUCAAAACCAAAGAAAUCAGGCUCGCAUUCCUCGCUGGAGCCGGACUUCAGGCCUUUCAACAGUUCACCGGGAUAAACACCGUAAUGUACUACAGCCCAACAAUCGUCCAAAUGGCUGGCUUCUCAUCCAACCAGCUCGCCCUCCUCCUCUCCUUAGUCGUCGCAGCCAUGAACGCCGCAGGAACCAUCCUCGGUAUCUACCUCAUCGACCACUUCGGCCGCAAGAAGCUGGCACUCUCGAGCCUCUCGGGAGUCAUCGUCUCCCUCAUCAUCCUGUCCGGUGCAUUCUACGGCCAAUCCGCCUCCCCAUCGAACUCCCUCUUCGGAUGGCUCGCCGUGAUCGGGCUAGCCCUCUACAUUGCCUUCUUCUCCCCCGGGAUGGGACCCGUCCCUUGGACUGUCAACUCGGAGAUCUACCCUUCCCAGUACAGAGGCCUCUGCGGCGGAAUGUCGGCCACCAUCAACUGGAUAUCCAACCUGAUAGUUGCUCAGAGCUUUCUCUCCAUUGCCGAGGUCGCCGGCGCUGCCACGACGUUCUUGAUCCUCGCAGGGAUAGCAGUGGCAGCGGUGGUGUUCGUGGCGGCGUAUGUGCCGGAGACUAAAGGGUUGACGUUUGCCGAGGUGGAGCAGAUAUGGAAGGAAAGGGCUUGGGGGAGUGGGUACAACUCUGAGAGCCUUCUCGAACGUGGAGACGAAGAUGAAUCCUCGCUGCCGUCGUGAGAAGAUUGGUUAUUUAAAACUGUGGUAUGGUGUGUAUAAUGUGAGAAUUUGCAGGUAGAAUUGUUGUAUUUGUAAAAGUGAUAUACUUGCGAUUGCGUUAAGAAAGAGAUGGUCUUGGUUUUAAACGGUAGGGAUGUUGGAACGGCGAUCUCACCGUCGAUCGGCGACGGAGACUGCGGACGGCGGCAGUGGAAUGGCUCCUGAUCAAUGGCCCUUCUUCCGCUUAGCAAUAGGAAUUAGGAAAUUUGGCGGUGAGUGACGCGGGAAACGUUAUGGGUUUCGGAGUUGGCGGGCCCGUGAAUUGGAAAAUGGGCCUUUUGUUGAGCCAUAUUUCUAUUUCGCUCCAAUUCAUAACUGCCCGGUAUGUUUUUGCCCUCGUUUGGCCCAACUUUUAUGUCCGAUAUCCUUCUUGAUAAAUUAUCAAUUUCAUGCGUGUCAUUCGUUGGGGAAAAAAUCUAUUCGGU